AUGAUGGACUUUGAAGGUAUUUCGAUGGACUUUCAACAUCUUUUCAAAGGUCAUGAAGAGGAGGUGAAGCACGAGAUGACGGAUAGCGUCAUGUAUCCUCCUGCAACAGAGUCGCAAGUCACAUCUGCUACAGGAAAUAUUCAAGCUACUGAAAUUAGUGAAGCUUCAGCAUCAAAUUCCACGAUUGCUGACACAGUAGCUGUGAUCUCAGCAGCAGCAAUAAGUCAAGAUGCAACGGCAUCUUCUGAAUCAAUUGCGACUGAGCCGGACGUGGAAAGGAAUGCGAGUGAAAGCCUCAAAAAUGAAUCUAAGCCAAGCAAAACUCGUUCUACAGCACAAUCUUCCCCCAAAAAGGGUGUAAAGAGGCCAAAAGUUGAAAUCGAAAAAAGAGGUGCAAAAUUUCGACCGAAACCAUCGAUCAAGGCAAUGGAACGUAAUGAACGUGUCAAUAAUCAACGCAUGUUCCUUUUGCAUCGUGAACGAGAACAAACGACAAGUGAUCAAAGUUCACCUUCUUCAUCAAAUCAGACAGCUGGAACUAAUAUCAUCUCGGAAGAGUUUGUCGUCACCGGAUCUACUGGAUACGUGUAUACGGUCAAUAUUGAUCAAAAUCCAAGAUGCAAUUGUCCUGAUUGGAAGAAACAUGACGGUAAUCCAUGCAAGCAUACGAUGUUUGUUUUCUUACGUGUCCUUGGCGUAAACAAAGAUAGUCAUUUGUGGUAUCAAAAAUGUUUACUUUCCGAUGAAUUGAGACAAAUCUUUGCAAACGCACGUCCGGAUCCGGCAACGUCUAAUUCAAGUUUACGUUCAGCCUAUCUUACAGCAACAUACGGUAUUGGCUGUGAAAGCGAUGACAAGACAAGCAAAAAAGACGAGAACCGCAGACUUCCACAAAAUGGAGACCUUUGCCCAAUCUGUUAUGAAGAAUUCGAAGAAGGAAUGACGAACGAAUUAAUCUUUUGUCAAGCUUUUUGUGGUAAUCCUUUACAUAAAAAAUGCGCAAUCGAAUGGGCGAAAUCGAUGGGAAAACCUUUGCAAGAAAUGAAAUGCAUUUAUUGUCGAGGAUUGAUGGCUAAGCCCACAAAGGGAAAGGGAAACUUGAAAGUCACAACGAAGGGCGAAUAUAUGAAUGUGGGUGGCUAUAGAUCGGGGUUCUAUGGAGACAGGUAAUGGUCGCCUCAAAUACCUCCAGGCGAAAGACUAUUUCAGAUACAGAUUCUCAUUAUGUCUUCAAGCAAACUGUACAUCAUCA